AUGAACUCGACGUCGAUUACACCGGAAACUUACAGCCAUGAACUGCCUUCAUCAUCAUUGGCUGUGAAACGAGAUUCCAGUGUUUCGCAGCAUUACCCACAGCGCAUUUGCCAACCAUCUACCAAGGCUUUAAUUCUACAACAAAAGUACCAGGAAGAGCAGCAACAAUUGAUGCUGUCUAGAGCCGCCACGACAGAUGAAGAGCUUCUAUGUCGGACUAUGAAAUACGUUGCUCCUCAUUUGUCAUUGAAAGAAGAGGCAGCGGCGAUUCGAGAACGGUCUAAUUCACUGGCAGUAUUGGAGUCUAUGCGAUCGCACUUACCGGACAAUGGCCACAUGAUGAGUGUGAAAGCUACAGCCAAGCUAAAGAAAGAGAUGAACAAAGCGGUGAAAGUGAUUGAGACCUUUUUUUCUCCAAAGCUUUUGAAAGACCAGUCGAUUCCACACGAACUAUUGGCUGAAGCGUACGGACUGGUGUUUAUCACGAUGUACAAGGCGGGAUUCUUGGUUUCGGGCAAGAUUGGAACGGGCUUUGUCAUUUCGCGUACAACUGGAGGAUGGUCGGCACCAAGUUUUUUGACGUCAGGAGGUUUUGGCUUUGGUAUGAUCGCUGGUGGUGAAGUUGUCAACUACAUGAUCAUUCUAAGUUCGAGGAGUGCUGUCAAGGUGUUUACCAGAAAUGGUCAAGUGCAGCUGGGAUCGGAGCUUGAUAUUGCAGUUGGCCCCAUUGGUCGAGCUACUAGCGCUUCACUAAACGUUGGCCUAGGUGGUAUUGCGCCGAAUUUUUCGUACAGCCACAGCAAGGGACUCUACGGAGGCGUUGGCCUUAGCGGCGGUGUCAUUUGUACACGCAAGUCACUGAACGCCAGGUGCUAUGGUCCGAAUAUUACAGUGCGGCAGCUUUUGGGUGGAGAAGUAGCGUGUCCGCUAGCUGUGCCGCUUUGGAGAGCGCUGGACAAGGCACUUGACAUGCAGCGUGAAUACGUAAAUGGCUGUCCAGUGCUGGCACCCUCGCAUACGGGGAUGGCUUGCAAUGCGUGCAACCAUGUUCACUCGUUUGGAAGCAACCCGAAUGCUUGCACGAACUGCGGAAAUUUGCUGGUCUACAGCGUGGGCGUGCACUCUGGAAAGCGCAAUACCAGUCAGCUCAUUCCAUCGACCUCGAUGAAUUACCCAACGGCGGAAGCCUAG